GGUAUUAAUAUUUGUAAUGUGUCAACACUGAUCCGGAAACGGAAAUAAACGGUUAUGACUCCAGCCGGCGUUUCAUUACGUAGCACUGGCGACGAGGUGCAUUAGAAAAAUUGUUAAUAAAACUAUCCUGCGCGUGUUUCGGUCAAAAUAUUCCAUAGUUGUGUUCCUUAUAGUGAAAUACUAAUAAUUAAGUGUUUUCUCGCAAUCAAUCGCGAUGCCAAUAGGUAAAAUCGAGCCGUUUAAUCUCAACGCCAAACAAUGGCCGGCGUACGUGCGACGCGUAAACCAAUUCAUGUUGUUAAAUGAAAUUAAAACGGAAUUGAAAGUGUCUACCCUAAUAACAGUAGUCGGCGAGGAAACUUAUAACCUUAUGUGCGAUCUUUGUGCCCCAAAACAUCCUGAGGAAAAAACGUACGAAGAAUUGGUAGAAUUAGUCCGAGCUCACCUCGAACCACAACGCUCGGAAAUAGCCGAACGCCAUAUUUUUCGUCAAAGACGACAAAAAGCGGGAGAAUCGUUAACGGAAUAUCUUCAGGCCCUCAAACAUCUCGCAGUGACCUGCAAUUUCGGCACACGUCUUGAGGAAGAUUUGCGAGACCAAUUUGUGUCGGGACUCGCGAGUGAGUUGAUGAGAUCUAGAAUCUUCACUGAAAAAGCAAUUGACUAUCGGAAGGCGGUGGAGCUAGCUCUGGCUCUAGAGGCAGCAGAACGACACGCCGAGGCGAGUGGGGUGUCGAGACAGGCUGCGACUGGGAGCACUGAUAAUGGUGGUGGCGCGGCUACUGAAGGCCUACAUGCGGUGCGCGCCCGGCGCGGCGGCGGCGCCGGCGCGGGCGGUGCGAGAGGCCCGCCACAGGACGCGGCCGGAAGGGGCGCGCGUGGCUAUGUCCGAGAUGGCGCGGAGUGCUGGCGGUGUGGCAAAGGUCACGCAGCAAAUAGGUGCCGAUUCGCAAAUUACAAUUGUGAUAACUGUAAUCAGCGCGGUCAUUUACGUGUGAUGUGCGUAAAAGUGCGCGAUCGUUUGCAAAGAAGUGAGUUUCGUCAAAAUUUUGUGGAGGAGUGUUCGGAAGAGGAUGCUUUUUUCAAUUUGGUGGUAUCGUCGAGUCAAGGUAACGAUCCUUAUUUUAUUAACAUUAAAGUGAAUUCCGAAAUCCUAAAAUGCGAGAUAGACACGGGCAGUCGUAUUUCAGCGAUAAAUUCUGAUGUUUACGAGCUGAUGUUUAAGGACAGUAAAUUACUCUCCGAUAAUUUAAUAUUACGAAGUUAUUCGGGCUCAAGAAUUGAACCUCUUGUAUACAUUCUAGUAAAUAUACAAUUUAAAUCGGUAUCCGCUAAUAACGUCCGUUUAUAUGUGAUUAAAGGGGGUGGAUUGCCUUUACUUGGGCGCGAUUGGUUAAAAUUUUUAAAAAUAACUCAAAUCAAUAUGAAUAAACUAAUCGAAGAGGAUCAGUUAGUGAGUCAGUUAUGUAAGGAAUAUCCACAGGUUUUCACUGAUAAAUUAGGUACGUGUAAAAAAACAUUACGAUUGCAGCUCGUGGAUUGUAACGGUGUGUACGUGCGUGCGCGGCCCGUGCCGCUGGCGCUACGUGAGCGCGUCGAGCGCGAGCUGGAGCGCUUGCAGCGAGAUGGUUCCAUCUACCGGGUGGACCACUCGGAUUUUGGUACACCUAUUGUAGCCGUUGUCAAAAGUAACGGCGAAUUGAGAAUUUGUGGGGACUAUAAAGUAACGAUCAACCCGAUAUUAAAGCGGGAUCAUUACCCACUUCCACGAAUCGAGGAACUGUUCGCAAAAUUAUGUAAUGGGGAUGAAUUUACAAAAAUUGACCUUCGGCAUGCUUACGAACAGAUAUUGCUAGAACCUGAUUCACAAAAGUUUACGACGAUCACAACGCAUGUUGGGACGUUCGCUUAUCGCCGUACGCCCUACGGUUUAUCUUGCGUACCGGAACAGUUUCAGAAAAUUAUGGAGGAGACAUUACAUGGCAUCCCAGGAACAGUAGUGUUCUUGGACGAUAUAUGUAUCACAGGUGGGGAUAGGCACGCACACAUGCGUAAUUUACGAGCUGCGCUUGAUCGAUUACGUCUAAUGGGUCUUACGGUUAAAUUAGAAAAAUGUUCGUUUUUAACCAAAAGUGUCAAAUACUUAGGCUUUAUAAUAGAUAAAAAUGGGUUACAUCCCGAUCCAGACAAACUUGACGCUAUUUCUAGGAUACCCACUCCCACGGAUGUCACGCAAUUAAAAAGCUUUUUGGGUCUACUAAAUUAUUACGGUAAAUUCAUACCAAACUUAAGUUCGUUGUUACACCCGCUACAUAAUCUUUUAAAAAAGGACACCCCGUGGGACUGGAAUUCACAAUGUAUUAAAGCGUUUGAAAAGGCAAAAACAUGUUUGUUAAGUGAUAAAGUGUUAGCUCAUUACGAGGAGGGUCGGCCGCUUGUGUUGUCAGUGGACAGCAGCGCAUACGGCGUCGGUGCGGUCCUGGCGCACUCAUAUCCUGACGGCGGUGAACGACCGGUCAGCUGUGCUUCACGCACCCUAAAUGAGGCCGAACGCAACUAUAGUCAGUUAGAUAAAGAAGCUUUAGCGAUUUAUUAUGGCGUUUUAAAACAUCAUCAAUAUUUAUUUGGAAGACGAUUCACAUUGCGUUCGGAUCAUAAACCCCUCACUUAUAUCUUUGGAGACAAAAAGGGUAUCCCUCAGACGGCGGCUAGUCGGUUACAGCGUUGGGCCGCGAGACUCGCCGCUUACGACUUCGACAUACAAUUCGUACGAUCGGCGGACAACGGUCCGGCCGAUACUUUGUCGCGACUACCACUGUCGCACGAGCGACUCGAUACUCCUCAGGUGGAUUAUUUAAAUUUUGUACAGGAAACUGUACCUAUAGAUUUCAUUGAUGUUUCUAAGGAAACUCGAAAAGACACACUUCUUUCUAAAGUGUUAGGUUAUAUUAUGUUUGGUUGGCCGUCAUCGCCUACUAGUGAAGAAGAAAAAAUAUUUUUUGCGCGUAGGCAGGACUUAUUCACAGAUCGUGGAUGUAUAAUAUAUAAAUAUCGUGUUGUUAUUCCCUAUUCGUUGCAAUCUGACGUUCUGAAAGAAAUUCAUAGUGGUCACCUAGGAAUGAAUAAAAUGAAAAACAUUGCUCGCAACUAUGUUUACUGGCCCAACAUUGAUAAGGACAUAGAGGAGAUGUGUCGUGCCUGCGAGGCGUGUCGCACCGUGCGCGACGCGCCCGCGCAUGCUCCUCUUCACCCGUGGGAGUAUCCUCUGCAUCCCUGGCAGAGAAUACAUAUAGAUUUUUUUGAUUGUGCUGGUAAACGUUUUUUGAUCGUAGUUGAUGCUCAUUCAAAGUGGAUCGAGACCGUUGCAAUGAAUGAGACUUCGGCUGGUACAACAAUAAGGGCACUGAGAUCUAUUUUUGCUAGAUUUGGUAUUCCAUCACAAUUAGUAUCCGAUAACGGCCCACCAUUUUUUUCAGCCGAGUUUAAAGAAUAUUGUGUAACGAAUAAAAUAAGACAUUCUACAUCGGCUCCAUAUAGACCCCAAGGUAACGGCGAGGCGGAGAAUGCAGUCAAAACCGUUAAAAAGGCGAUAAAGCGGGCAAUCUUUGAAAAAAAAGAAAUUUUAACGGCCCUUUAUAGAUUUCUUUUUCAAUACCGGAAUUGCGAACAUGCUACUACGGGUGUCUCUCCCGCGGUGGCGAUGUUCGGACGUCGGCUCCGUGGCCGGCUGGACGCGUUGCGGCCGGACACCGCCACCGUGGUGGCCGCUGCGCAAGACAAACAGAUCGUAACUGCCGGUGGACAGCAUUCUAGUUUCUCGCCCGGGGAACCUGUACUAGCACGUGAUUAUUCUAAAGCUGGAAAUAAAUGGGCGAAGGGGCAUGUUUCUGAAGUGACAGGACCGAUCUCUUACAAAGUAAAACUGGGGGAUGGUACCGAAUGGCGCAGACAUCACGACCAAAUAAUACCUCUUACAAAUAAAAAUAGAUACUCUUUGUCGCGAGCUAGUUCAGUACUCCCGUCAGAGGAGGAGGCUGAGGGGUCUGAGAAUAACGUGGGACGCUCAGAGAUUAUGUCAGAGGGAACCGGUAGUGGAGAGAGUUCCGCUCAGGAAAAAAGUAACUCUGAAGACGUAUUUGAAGACGCAGUGGAAGUCACCACUCCGUCGGAGCCGGGUCUUCCUCUACCACCGGAUGCCUCGGAGCGAGCUAAAAGAGCCCACCGUAGAGCUCAUAUUAAAGAAAAUAAUUAAGUUAGAUAUAAGUAUGUUGAUUCUUUUUGUGGAUUUGUUGGUGGGAUGUGGAAGGUAUUAAUAUUUGUAAUGUGUCAACACUGAUCCGGAAACGGAAAUAAACGGUUAUGACUCCA